UAUAGAUCUUCCUCAAAUUCUUGGGCUCUUUUCUCUCUCAAAUUAUUUCUUAAUGUUGACCAAACAAAUCCAAAGGUGAAGAUUCACUGAAUGAAUGCAGUGCUGGCAGGACAAGAAAAGAGGCCCGCAGAUAUUCGAGGAAUGGUGGUCGCAUUGUUUAAGAGGGGAUGGAAUGAGAUACCAGAAGUAAUAGGAUCUUCGUUUAUGGCAUUGAUUGGAUUUGGAUUAGCAGGUGUUGGCUUAUACAAUUACUAUUCUCAUGAUGGCAACAAUCGUAGGUACAAGGAGUUGUACACAGUAUACAGAUCCGAUGACCCAAGAGCAGCCAGAAUCCGGAAGGACUAGUUCAUAUACUGAGGCACUUCAGAUUCAGUGUAGAUAAAGUUUCUAAUGAUUAAAUCGGAUAUACAAAUUUUUUGUUA